AUGUAUCCCACCCUGGCUACCAGAAUGCAGGCCACGAGACGCUUGAUGCGUGCUCCUCCUGCCGAAGACCAAGCCGGCCACACCGUCUCCCAGCGUCUGCGCAAGCUCCGCAAGAUUCCUGCCGAGCUGAUCCCCCUCGGUGUCGUCGUCGGAUUCGCCGUCUUCGCCGCCGGCUACUCGAGCGCCCGCAAGUUCUGGGUCGACAAGACCCUGCGCCUGCAGCGACAAAACCGCGCAGCCGACGCCGCUGCGUCUGGCGAGCACCACUAA